GUAGUUCGGGCGCGCACGCGCAAUGUCUCCGAGAUAAUUAGGGUCGAUUCCUCGGCGGGCGUGAGGAGUCCUCCGGCUCUCGGGACUCCUGUUCCCGCCACCUCGCCUGCGCCUCCUCCGUGCCUGAGCGGGGUCGCAGGCUCCCGAGCUCCUCCCGCUCCCUGCCGCCGGCUUCCUUCCGCGGCGCGACUCUCAGGGCCAAAAUGAGUCUAUUUGGAACAACCUCGGGUUUUGGAACCGGUGGGACCAGCAUGUUUGGCAGCACCACCACAGAUAACCACAACCCAAUGAAGGAUUUUGAAGUAACAUCCUCUCCUGAUGAUAGCAUCGGUUGUCUAUCUUUUAGCCCACCAACCUUGCCGGGGAACUUUCUGAUUGCAGGAUCGUGGGCUAACGAUGUUCGCUGCUGGGAAGUUCAAGAUAGUGGCCAGACUAUUCCAAAAGCCCAGCAGAUGCACACUGGGCCUGUGCUAGAUGUCUGCUGGAGUGAUGAUGGCAGCAAAGUAUUUACAGCAUCAUGUGAUAAAACUGCCAAAAUGUGGGACCUUAACAGUAACCAGGCGAUACAGAUUGCACAGCACGAUGCUCCUGUUAAAACCAUACACUGGAUCAAAGCACCAAACUACAGCUGUGUGAUGACCGGGAGCUGGGAUAAGACUUUGAAGUUUUGGGAUACACGAUCAUCAAAUCCUAUGAUGGUUUUACAACUCCCUGAAAGGUGUUACUGUGCUGAUGUGAUAUAUCCUAUGGCUGUAGUGGCAACUGCAGAGAGGGGGCUGAUUGUCUAUCAGUUAGAGAAUCAGCCUUCUGAAUUCAGGAGAAUAGAAUCUCCGCUGAAACAUCAGCAUCGAUGUGUGGCUAUUUUUAAAGACAAGCAGAACAAGCCGACGGGCUUUGCCCUGGGCAGCAUCGAGGGGAGAGUUGCCAUUCACUACAUCAACCCCCCGAAUCCUGCCAAAGAUAACUUCACCUUUAAAUGUCAUCGAUCUAACGGAACCAACACUUCAGCUCCUCAGGACAUCUACGCGGUGAAUGGAAUCGCGUUCCAUCCUGUUCAUGGCACCCUUGCCACUGUGGGAUCUGAUGGUAGAUUCAGUUUUUGGGACAAAGAUGCCAGAACAAAACUAAAAACUUCGGAACAGUUAGAUCAGCCCAUAUCGGCCUGCUGCUUCAAUCACAAUGGAAACAUAUUUGCGUACGCUUCCAGCUACGACUGGUCAAAGGGACACGAAUUUUAUAACCCUCAAAAGAAAAAUUACAUUUUCCUGCGUAAUGCAGCUGAAGAGCUAAAGCCCAGGAAUAAGAAGUAGUGGCUGGAGACUUGCGGGUUGUCUGGAGUUGUCUUCUCUCCACUCUGCCUCGUCUCUGUACGAAUUUGGGUCCCAGCUUUUGGUGGGUUGUCAGCCAUGGAUGUGGGUUUCAACCCCUAGAGAAAACAUGUCAUUGUUCAGCAGUCAGGAGCACGGCGGCCACAGUGACUGUCCGUCUCUCCAUUCCACUGCCGGUUACAGGUUUCAUCUGUAACACUAAGGGGAUUAAAAUUAUUAUAGAAGUUCUUAGAUUCAUGUGGGCGACUGCCAGGUAUGUUGCAGUGCUUCGUUCAGCAGUGUAUGUAUUAGAGAACAUUGGGAAACGUUCUGCGAGCCCCGUACUGUAUUUUGUAAUAAAAUAUUUUGAAGAU